AUGCAAGGUGCAUUCCUCCGCUUGCUUCUUGUGGCAUCUUUGCAGCUGUGCCACAGCCGAUUCUUGAGGCAUGCUGAGGACGUGCCAGUGCAUGACCAGCAGGAGACCUGCUCGCCCCUCACAAACCAUGGAACGUACUCCUCGGUUCGUGUAAGGGUGGGCACACCACCUCAGCACUUCGACCUGGUAGCGGACACAGGCAGCAACAACUGUAUCGUGAUGGAUUGCGAGUGUGCCCAAUGCCCACAGGAUUGGGGGAAGUGCUUUACUGGUGCGGGAAAGUCCAAGACGUUCGAGCUGCCGAAGUACAAGUCGAAGAACCCACUGCUUGGAUCCAAGGGCAAGUUCUUGCCUGCUUCAACGCUGCUGACCUUCGGAAGUGGACAGAUUGCUGCCCAUGUUGCCACCGACGAGGUUGGCGUCGGUCACACACAUGCCUUCAUGAAGAAUGGCUUGCUGCUGAUGGUCGACCAGGCCCUGCGCCUCCAGGGACCCUUCGAGGGCAUCUUGGGAUUGGGGCGACCAGAGGUCAAACUGAGUGGCAAAGUCAACCAUACGGGAGGAGAGCUCGAUAUCCACGUCCCAGGUUACGCCGAGGCUGCCGGUGUUCAACGUUUCUCAAUGUGCUUCAACAAAGAGGCAGAUGGCGUGCUAGGCCUGCACACCCCAGAGCACCCCACCCGUUUGGAGUCGGUAGGCCAGAUCCACUGGGGGGUUGAUUUCCACGGCAUCUCCAUCGGCGAGGGCAAGAACAGGCACAAGGUCAAGUUCUGCAAUCCCAAAGACAAGCAACCAGGUCAGGAGACCAUCUGUGGCCUCAUUCCGGACAGUGGGACCACCAUGAUCACGGGGCCAGAAAGCCAGCUGGCUGAUCUUUACAUGGACCUUUGCUCCAAAUGGCCCCGUUGUGAAAAGGCUUUCUCCGAGGUGAGCAAAGAGAUGCACGACUUGCAGGCGCAGGGCAUGCAAGUGGGACUGUCCUUGACGCAGCACGCGACGGUUCCAGAGGACCUGGCGGAUGCCUUGAAGAAGCUCCAGGAUGCAAUGAAAGCAGGUGGCAAAGCCGACCCUGGCAAUGCUGCCGAUAUCGCUGACAUCCUUGGAGGUGCAGCCGACGUGGAAGCCGCAAAGUCCCAGAAGGACUACAUGAAGGCCAACGUUUUCCUGCUGUUGUUGGAGCACUGUGAAGACUGGGCCGAGGGAGUGGACUUGGACAAGGAGCUUCCCAAGUUGAACUUCCACGUCGCUGGCCUGAACGGUGCAGAGACGGAGCUCUCACUGAACCCGAAGACCUACAUCAUGACGGCCAACGCCGAAAUUAAGGUUCCGGAGAUCAAGAAUCUCGGUGGGUUGAACAUUCAGAUUGAGCGGAGGAAGAAGGGGAAGGUCUGCAUGCCUGCCUUCCAGCCGGCUCCUUUCACCACCAAGCUGAACGGAGAGGUUUGGAUCAUGGGCACGCCUUUGUUCUACGAGUACACUGCUCAUUACGACCGUGGUAGUGAGGACGGCAAGGUGAAGCCAAGCAUGGCCUUCACCCACGCGGACGAGGAGCCCUGUGGCAGCUGCCAAAACAACCGCAUCCUUCGUGAGACUCAUCCAUCCUUGACGCAGAAGAAGACCGAGAAGACGGGUGUCGAGUCCCUCCGCCAGCUCACGAAGGCUCCCAUUGUGCGCAACUUCACUUCCACGCACUCACUCUGA